CAAGAAUCGCAUCCCAGCUGCUUGUCUGAGCCCUUAUUCCGACUCCUCCUCUCAUGUCCAGCCCCCCUUCUUCUGCAAAAAUAUGGGGAAUCGACGAAUUGAUCUCGCUCAUAUUGUCCAACCUGGACCAGCGGUCGCUUGCUUGGUCAGCUCGCGUUUGCAAGGAUUGGGCAGAGUUGGCCUUGGAUCUGCUGUGGCGCGACGUCGAUGAUCUUCCGCGAUUGCUCAAUAUCUUGUGUCCCCUGUCCAAGUCGGAGAAGGCGACGCUGCAGCAAGGAUCCACCGUCUAUAUAUACAAAUUCAGGAGACGUAUCACCGCGGGCGAUUGGAACAAUUUCCUGCGUUAUACAAAGCGCAUUCGUCGACUGGUCUAUUGCCAGAAAUCUGGAAAGCUAUGGCGAAGGCUUCUCGAUAAUAGUGUCUUCUCUGAGCUCUUCAAGAGCUGUCCAACGCCCGUGCUUCUACCCAAUCUCCAUACCCUCGUGUGGCAUGCAGAAUGCGACAAAAAACAGACGUACUCCCUGCCCUUCACCCAUGCUCGUCUAAAGCAUCUCGACGUACAACUGCAUCAACCUGAGCAACCCCUUGCAUCUUACCUCCAGCAGAUCGCGCGCCGCUCACCGGAGAUCACGCACCUCACGCUUCAUUUUCUUUCAUCCGCACGCAUAUUCGAAGAUGAGAUAACAUCUUUUUUGCCGAGGCUGAGACGCUUACAGAAGCUCACGUUGCCGUUGUACGGGCUCACCUCGAGAGUCGUCCAAGAACUGUCGCUAUCGCCGGACCUCCAGGAAAUCUCCCUCAGCAUCCCCACGGAAUUUGGCAACGGCGAUCGCACAGACGUCAUGGCUUUCUCUCCUGUCCUGCGUCCGGGUGCGUUUCCUAUUAUCCAGCGACUGUCCUUCAGUUCAACUCUGCAAGACGCCACGCGCUUUCUCCAAGACCCAUUCUUCCCCACUCAGAUAUUCUCACUAUACGUCCACGUCCUGACCAUCGUAGAGCCAAGCAUAAUCAGAGAGUUCUUCACCACAGUCAAACACCGCUGUCCUGCGCUCACGGAGCUGCACGUCGACUUUAUGAUCUGCCCAGACAGCGCACUGACCGUCCCCGGCCCUCCACUCCACGAACGGCCGGACAUCUCCACCUUCCGCCCGCUCUUCGCCUGCAGGCGCCUCACAUCCUUCGAGUUCAGAUGGGACUACGCGCUCAACCUCACCGACGACGACAUGCACGAGUUCGCCACCAGCUGGCCAGCCCUGGAGCACCUCCACCUCCACUGCGAACCCGUCAUCGAGUUCACACUGCCCGCCCUAACACUACAAGCCCUCCUCCCCUUCGCGCGACACUGCCCGAACCUGCGCACGCUCGGACUCUACAUGGACACCACCGUCCCCCCACCCACCGACUCGGACUCAGCCUCAUCGCCCAUCACGCCCUUCCCCGCCCUCACCCAGCUCUUCGUCGGCGCCUCCGCCAUAACCUCCAUCGACACCGCCGCCCUCUUCCUCAGCCAACUCCUCGCCCCGCACUGCUCCCUCAUCACCGGCGUGCGCUGGCCAGACGCCUACGGCGUCGCGCUCGACGACGCGGGCAUCUUCGACGAGCGCCGCGCGCGCAUGUGCGAGUUCUGGGUCCGCUGGAACGAGCUCGCCAAGGUCCUCCCGCUCGUCAUACGCGCGCGCGCCGCGGAGCGCGCGCGCGCGGCGGGGAUGCUGAGUGAGCUGGAGGCGUGGGUGGUGAAGGGCCGCGCGGAGGCGCUGCGCUGUGAGCGGCUGCAGAGGGAGGUGGUGGCGCUGCAGCUUCGUUGUGGCUCGGUGCAGGCUUCUGUCGCUGACCGCUGAGCGCGCGAUGUCGCCGCCGUUGUCUCCCUGGCUCGUAUUCCGCCUUCCUAUUCUGCCAUAUGAAGCUUCUUUUCGCCCGUCGGCACCGUCGGCACCUCUUCGUCUCCUUCGCCGCAAUAGUGCCUCGUUCUAACUUCUGGCCGACACAAACGGACCUGUAACAUACCUGGCAGGCGCGAUGCGACCGGUGAAGACCGAACAAGGCGUCGCCAUUGUGGCUCACAUCUGUUACGUACCACAAUCAUAUGGAAGCAAAGAACACUAUUCAACUUAGCAAGCCCAUUUUCUAAUUCCAGUUCUCGCUCACACAUGACUGUCCGCGUACACUCCUACCUACCUGAAUGUCUCCCAAUACUAUACUGGACCCCAUACUUAUAUUAUCUCACCCAUGUGCCCCGUUCGUGUAGACGCAAUUAUAGGCGAAGUAUGCUUAUGUCCAAC